AGAGAGGAAUACCCUCAGAAAAAAAAAAAGCCUGGAGAUGGAGCUUUAUCUUUGGUAUCCUCAGGUGGUUCCUGAAUGAGUGACGGGCUCUUGCCAUCCAGCUGGCUGUGCAGAAGCAGAGUCCUCCAGGCUAGUACAGCACCUUGUGCUCUCCUUUGCUGUUUGCUUUCCUGUGGGGGAGGGAUAAAAGCUCCAGAGAUGGACCUGUCCUACAGAUCCACCAUCUCCAUCUAUAAGAGUAUCCUGGAGCAGUUCAACCCCGCGCUGGAGAACCUGGUGUACCUGGGCAACAACUACCUGCGCGCCUUCCACGCAUUAUCCAAAGCAGCUGAAGUGUAUUUUAAGGCAAUCGAGAAGAUUGGGGAGCAAGCGCUGCAAAGCUCCAACUCGCACAUGCUGGGUGAGAUUCUGGUGCAGAUGUCUGACACGCAGAGGCUCCUGAGCUCCGAUCUGGAAGUCGUGGCUCAGACCUUCCACGUGGACCUGCUGCAGCACAUGGAGAAGAACACCAAAAUGGACGUGCAGUUCAUCAGUGAGAGCCAGAAGCAUUAUGAACUGGAGUACCAGCGCAGAGCCACCCACCUGGAUAAGUGCAUGGCAGAGCUGUGGAGAAUGGAGAGGGCCCGAGAUAAAAAUGUCCGGGAGAUGAAGGAGAACGUGAUGCGCCUGCGCUCGGAGAUGCAGGCGUUUGUCUCUGAGAGCCAGAGGGAGGCUGAGCUGGAGGAGAAACGCCGCUACCGCUUCCUGGCUGAAAAGCACCAGAUGCUCUACAACACUCUCCUUCAGUUUUACAGCAGGGCCCGGGGCAUGAUCCAGACCAAGGCACCGCGGUGGAAGGAGCAGCUGGAGGCCACCCGCAACCCCGCCAACAGCCACUCGCAGGGGCUCCUGGCAGCCUCCCAUGGCCAGGGAUACCCGUCGGGCCGGCACACCCCCACACACCUCGACAUGCCCCAGAGACCCCUCGGGGACUUUGUUCCUUCCAUGACUGGGAGUAGAUCCAGCGUCUUCUCUCCAGACCCUCCGGAAAUGAGACUGUCUCCUCAACCAGAGUCCCCCAGGAGGCCGCUGCGGAGGACACCAUCAGCCAGUUUGGUGCCGCCGGGCCGCGUGUCCCGCUCGGGUUCCUUCGGCGAGGCGGGCAGUGGGAGCGGGGCCCGUCGGCGGGCCGGCGUGACGAGGGCGCAGGCCAUCGCGGCCCACGCGGCCGGCGCCAACCGGACCCUGCUGCGCUUCCAGCCCGGAGACGUCAUCACCGUGCUGAUGCCGGACGCGCAGAACGGCUGGCUCUACGGCAAGCUGGAGGGCUCGGACACAUGCGGCUGGUUCCCCGAAGCUUAUGUCAAGCCUCUGGAGGAUGUGAGAGAUAUGGAGGAGCCAGGCACCAGGUCCUUCCCACUGAGAAGCAGUCACAGCAUGGAUGACAUCUUGGACCGUCCCAGCACUCCUUCCUCCAGCAAUUACCGGCCUGCCGCUGCCCAGCCUGCUCCGCCGAGCCCACCUUCCCUCUCGAUGGGUGCCAGCAGUCACCAGAGUGGGGUGGCCGCCACAGGCAGCUCUGUCUGCAGGAAAUCAGGAGUAUUCGACCAGCCCCCCGAACUCUUCCCACGAGGCACCAACCCCUUUGCCACAGUCAAGCUGCGUCCCACAGUCACCAACGACCGCUCAGCGCCCGUCAUCCGAUGAAGCGGGGCUGCGGACGGCAGAGGAGGAUUUCAGCAGGGAAGGGAGAGGCAGAUGAGGGACAGGCUGUGGUG